AUGCAAGAGCAAUUGCAGGAACAAUUGACAAAAACCCAACAAAAGAUGAAGGAUCAAAUGUUGGAGGCCCAAAAGAAUAUGAUGGCUGAAAUGGCUCAGUUGCUGAAGGGGGCAACGGAUAAAAGAAAGGCCUCUAUGACUAUCACUGAAGAGGAUAAUGAGGAUCAUCCUCCUGGUUUUACUCUACCUCAUAACAUGGAAAAGAAGCCUAAUGAGAGCUUUAGGCAAUAUGCAUUGAGGUGGAGGGAGGUUGCCAUACAAGUUCAACCACCGCUCUUGGAGAAAGAAACUACCAUGAUUCAGCCCAGAGCAACUACAGUUGGGCAACAGGAUUCCCAAAAGCAGGGAUCUGGUUCGAGACAAAAUUCUAAGAAGGUCUCAUUUACGCGUCACCGGGAGCUUUAUCAAAGUCUAUUUAAUGCGCAUGCAAUAGCUCAUUUUCAUUUGAAACCACUGCAACCCCCAUAUCCCAAAUGGUACGGUGCAAAUGCCAAAUGUGAAUACCAUGCAGGGAUAUCGGGGCAUUCAAUCAAAAAUUGCACUGGCUUUAAAAAAGCAGUGGAAAGACUGAUCAAGAUGGGGAUCGUAAAAUUUGACGACACCCCUAGUACAAAGAACCCGUUGUCAAACCAUGAUGAUCAAGGGGUAAACGCAAUUGGGGAAACUGGAAUGAGAAGGAUUAAAGAGGAUGUGGCCAAGGUAAGAAUGCCGAUGAAAAUAAUUUGGGAAAAAAUGGUGGAAAGAGAGAUGAUAAUCUCUGGAGAAAGAAAUAAAGGAGUGAGGGACUACUACGAGUUCCAUGUAGAAGAGGGACACGAGAUCCAGGAAUGUGAUGAGUUUAAGGCUUUGAUACAAAGCCUUAUAGAUAAUAAGGAGCUGGAAUUUUAUGAAGUUGGCUCAGAUAAAGGACAUGAUAACAAGAGGGUACCUUGGAAUUAUGACUGUAAUGUGACAAUACCAGAGAGAGAAGAUAUAGCUAGUACUUCUAAGGAGGUUCAAGUUGAAGGAUCCUACACACGUAGUGGGAAGUAUUAUGAUGCAAAAGGCAUCAGAGUUGAGACCACAAAAGUGAAAGCCUUUGACGUUGAAAAGGAUAAUAGGACUGAGAUACUUGUUAAUGAACCAGUGAAGGAAGAAGAAGCUAGAGAGUUUCUAAAAUUCCUGAAAUACAGUGAAUACAGCGUGAUUGAACAAUUGCAUAAACAACCAGCUCGUAUAUCAGUGUUGGCUUUGCUUUUGAGUUCAGAGGUACAUCGUGAGGCAUUAAUGAAGGUGCUGAAUGAGACUUACGUUACCAAUAAUAUAUCUGUCAACAAGUUGGAUCGAUUGGUUAGUAAUAUAAGCGCUGACAAUUUCAUUUAUUUCAAUGAUGAUGAAAUUCCACCUGGCGACAUGGGAUCAGCUAAAGCUUUGCACAUCACCACUCACUUGAGAGCAUUCGAUGGCACGGAGAGAAAGGUCAUGAGAAGAAUUGAUAUCCCUUUAAUGAUCGAGCCAAACACGUAUGAGGUAGACUUUCUAGUAAUGGACAUCAAGCCUUCUUAUAAUUACUUGUUGGGGAAGCCUUGGAUACAUUCGGCAGGAGUGGCGCCCUCAUCUUUGCACCAGAAAUUAAAGCUAGUAACAGACGAACAGCUGAUCACCAUAAAUGCAGAGGAAGACAUCAUAGCAGCAGUUACUAGUGGUGCACCCUAUGUAGAGGUGAACGAGGAGGCCGUUGAGUGCUCUUUUCGUUCCUUAGAAUUCGUUAAUGCAACAUUUAUUUCAGAGGGUAAUGAGGUGUCGGUGCCUAGGAUGUCUAGAACCACAAGAAUGGGUUUGCAGAUGACAGUGAGGAAAGGAGCCUUGCCAGGAAAAGGAUUGGGAAGAUAUCUCCAAGGAGGAAUUCAAGUUCCAGAACUAAAAGAGUAG